UGACAAAGAUCAGUUUGAAAACGAAAGUACACGGUGGCGGGUAAUCAAACGAGUGUUUAAGCGUGUAAAAUUAGUGAGGAUGAAACUCUCCGUGUACAACACGAUUAUUGAAAUUAUGCACAAGCACAAUUCUCGGGAUUGCUUACCGCUCAUUGUGAAGGAAUUUCCCGACUUUUCUAUAUCUACGAUUGGAAGUAUAUACGCUCAAGAUUAUCAAAAGAAAAUGAGGAAAACACAUCAUAUCCAUUACAAUCCUAUGAAAAUGGAGAUGUACUAUGAACAAUACUUAGAAGGAGUUCAAAAUAAAGAGAGACAUAUAUUAUUAAAAAUAGCUAAUGGGAUAGAACUGUCUCCGGCGUUGUUAGCAAGAAUGAUUCUUGAAAGAUAUUUGUCAUCAACCAAAUAUGGCGGAGAAAAUCCACCCAGGAGCUAUGUUACAAAGUUAAUGAAAGACAAUACGCUUAUUAAUGACCCAAUGCUGGCUUCAGAAAUUCAUGGGUGUUUAGUUAGUGAUGAUCAUUACGGCCCACACGUGGACAACAUAAAACAAUCCAUUGGACAUGAGCAUGAAUGUAAACUAAACAGAAUAUUGGAUUCACUCAAUUUGGCGUACAUCGGAGAAGAUCAGAUGAGAACUAGAGGUUUUGAUAAAACUCCUGAUGUUAAAUUAGAAGUUCCAUUUAGUGUUGAUGGUCAUGUAAUUAAUUGGAUAGAAAGCAAAGCCUCGUUUGGGGAUGAGUAUAGUCACAGGGGUUAUUUGAAGGAUCAGUUCUGGAGUUACUGGAAUAGGUUUGGUCCUGGUAUGGUCAUUUACUGGUUUGGAUUUAUUGAAGAGCUGGACACAGACAGAGAAAAGGGAAUCAUUUUGAGUGACAAUUUCCCAGAAAAUAUUGUGCGGAUGAACCCCAUAAUGAAAUGAAUUAUGUUAAAGUAAUCAACCAGUAUUGUCUAAAAAUGUUUAAUAUUGAUCUUAAUAAACCUUAUUCUUAUUUGUAAAA